AGGAGGAGGACCUUCAUCUCUUGGACAGUAGCUCGCGACUCGUCUUAACGUGUACAGUGUAAUGUAAACGAUGAACAUGUAUAGUGGUACCGCGUUUUAUUGCGUUCUGUGGUUGUGUUACACCUCAGUUCACGGAAUCGGAAACUCAGUAGACUCGAAAACUUGGGACGAGGGCCAGCAAACGAUAAAAAAUGACACAGCGCCUUUCCUAACGUCCGCCGAACGUAACCGACGACUGGUGCCGUACGUGACAUAUUACAUGGUGGGUUCUAGUGAUGACAACGAACUGGCUCAAUACCAUCAACAAUUCAAAAGUCCAGUCGAUAUUUCGAGUACCCCCCGCCCACGGUUGCAAGCAACAACAAUCAAGCCUAAAACUGACAAUCAAAAGAUAAAUAAAAAACAGUCAAACAACCGCCAACAGCAGAACUUCUUAAGACUGGAUCACCAAUACCGCGGGUUUCAAUUGUUUAACAACAAUUUUUUCCGUCAGCCAAUACAAACUACCACUGCUAGUUACUUGAGAUUUCCAAGUUCACCAAAAACCUAUAGACCCAUUGUGAUUGCCACAUCACAAAAUCCACCAUACGAAGUGGAAACAGAACGUCUAAAUUCUUAUGUAUAUACUCCCGAUGAACAAUUACAAUACAACUCAGUUUAUACGAGUCCUAGGUCUGUUGUAACUGACACCCAAGCAAAUUUCAAGUUUGGAGGUUUUCUACCAACUUUACCGCCUACUGAACAUCCGCAAUUUUUCUACUAUUCCACUACAACUGUCAAACCAAAAAAACUUAAGGUUAAAACUAAAAGACCGACGACUUCAACAAUUAAAUUACCGUCAACAUUACCGACUCGGCCGUCAACUAUACCACAGACUCCUUCACUAUCAUCACGACUUCCAAUCACAACCACUGAUAAAUACGGAGCUCUGAACGAAUUGAUACACGAAUACGAUCUCGGCGGUCGACUGUCCAAUAAGAUAACAGCCGAAAAUAUAGAUUCCAGUAUUCAAACUCUAUCGGCUGUAUUGCAGAUAUUACAAAAGGAGUCGAACGAACAAUCUAAAUCUAAUCUAAUAACGAGACCAAAGAUAACGACCACUCCUAGACCACAACAACAUAAAUGGAACGACUACGAUGAUACGGCCGAUACAAGUAACCCAGGAAGACCUGGUAUAGACUAUCCUGUAUUUUCAACCAUACCCAAAACCAGCUUCGACUGCAAAACUCAAAGAUAUAAGGGAUUCUUUGGAGACCCUGAAACACAUUGUCAGGUUUGGCACUAUUGCGAUUUAAAUGGAGGUCAAGCGUCCUUUUUAUGUCCCAAUGGAACCAUAUUUAAUCAAGUAUCACUAACGUGCGACUGGUGGUUUAAUGUGAAAUGCGAUACAACUGCCCAAUUAUACGUACUCAAUGAACGACUAUAUAAAUACAUUAUACCAUCCAAACCUAGUUUUCCAGAAGACUUCGAAGGCCCACUGGUAGAUAGGUAUCUGGAAGAAAAAUUCAAAGAAACAGAAAACCAAAAAAGUCACCAGAAAGAGAAACCGUCACCAGAACUUAUGAUGAAGAUGCUAACAACAAAUUCAACUACUUUAGAGCCAGACACAGUCAGAACACCCUAUCAACAACUUCUUGAUGUUGAUACAUAAGACCAUAUUAUGUGGACUUUUAUAGCAAAAUAUUUGGAAUUUAUUAACAACAUCUCAAAUAUUGAUGAACAGCAAUAACAAAAACAUAUAUCAGUCAGAAAGUUAUUUAAGAAAUAUAUUCACAAUACAACCAACAGAUAUACAAGAAUGUGCCAUUAACAUGUAAUUUUGAUAUAUUUAUAAUCAAAAUUAAUUCAUGUGAACAAAUUAAAAAAAAGUAAUAUUAUAUUGUAAGGUUGCUCAAAUUUAAAAGCUCAUCUAUUUAAGAAUAUAAUAAUCAAUAAUAAUUCUACAUUUCAAACAAACUUUCAAAAAUGGAAAUCAUAAGUUUAUUUUAUUUUUAAAACAAAUACAGUCAUACUGUAUCUUUUAUGCGUGCCAAUAUAUAAUCUAAAAUUAUAAGAUGUUAGAUUCCAUGUUACUCAAUGAAAUUGUGCAAUAAUAAAUUAUAAUUUAGGUUAAGAUGUAAAUAAUUUGUUUUAGUUAUGAUCUUCCUAUUAUUUAUUGUAAAAUAUUUAAUAAUUUUUAAAUUACACUAUAAGUUGUACUAAUAUAGAACUUAUUUUUUUUCAAUAAAUUAAUUUAAUAUU